UUGUUCUGGCUUGCGAGAGAGCAGUUUCGAAAUCUUCAACGAGGGACAAGGCCAAGGUGGUUCGUAAAAUGCAAUGAGCUGAUUGGUCACUCACCUUCCCCGGAAGUGUUUGCACACCCAGAUCGGUCACUCACCGUGAACUUCUCGUCGCGCUUUACGCGAAUCCAUCUGCCGUCCAACCUUUCCCACCCCACCUUCUCACACAAAAAUGCCACCCGAUCCCCUUCUCGAUGAAGAGGAGCAAUAUGCUUCAUCCGAGGAUUCCGAUUUCGCGCCCGAUGCGGCCGCGGAUCAGGCCUCAGACCAUUCUGGAUCCGAGGACGACGGCGACAAACCGACCAAGAAACGAAAGCCGGUAGACGAUGUGGAUGCGGCCGAUGCUGGCUACGACAACUCUGGCGACGAAGCGAUUAUCAAGAAAGGAGAGAAGCGACGGAAGAAGAGGUCGAAGCGAGUGGACGAGGAUGACGAAGGCGGCGAGGGAGGGUUGAUCAAGACUCGAAGGCAGCGCGCAGCAGAAAAAGAAGAGCGCAAGUAUGCCACAAAUACCGAACCAGUCACUGUCGAUGUCGAUGCUCUCUGGGCACAGAUGAUCGCAGGACCAGCAGUCGCUGGGACGAAGACCGACGAAGCGCAAGACGGCAGCGGCAAGCCAGACACAGAGGCCGCGAGCUCCAAAGAAACUAGUGAUGACAAGCAGUCAGGCGACUCUACGGCACCCGACGACUCGUCAGCGAUGAUCCGUAUCAAGCGCACAUACAACUUCGCCGGCCGAGUCCACACAGAGGAGAAGCUAGUGCACCGCGACUCCGCCGAAGCAAAGCUCUACCUCGCAUCGCAAGCACCAGAUGCACCCUCAGAGGAACCUGCCGCCAAGCGCAUCACUAAAAAGGCAUUCCGCUCCGCCUUUGAGCCGUUGACCGAUCCGCUUCCCCAACGCGCAGAUCUCAACCUCGGGAUGGCAGCGCUGAUCAAAGCUGGCAAAGAGGCGCAGGCAAAGAAGCUCAAUACGGUGGAAAAGAGUCGUAUGGAUUGGGCUGGCUACGUGGACAAGGAAGGCAUCAAAGAUGAACUCGAGUUGGCGGGCAAGUCCAAACAUUCAUACACGGCCAGGGAGGACUUCCUGGCGAGGAGCGAGGCGAAAAGGGACGAGGACUCAAGAAGAGCAAGAAUGUCUGGACGGGUAUAAAAGAGCACUGGAUUAUCGAUGGAGUUUGGGAUAUAAUACCACGGAUUGGUUUUCUUGUACACUCGAUUGUACAAUAUGAGCAGGGAAAUUUGGGCUCCUCAGCAU